GUUUCCUCCAAUCGUCCUUCUCGCCUCUCUCCCCCAUCUCUCUCUCUCUCUCUCUCUCUCUGUCUCUCUCGCUAGCUCUCUCUCUCGCGCUCUUACCCAUCUUCUUCUAAUGGAAUGCGAGGAAGAUCUUCUCCUCGAAGCAGCGAACGCGCUGCUCCUCCUUAGCAGAACCCCGCCGCUGGAUCUUCCACCGGCUGCAACGAUUAAUCUAUUUAGGCCGCUUCCGCGUCCUCCGGCAGCGAUGCCGGCGAGGAGUAUAGAGAAUGUCCUCUCUGUCUCCCUCCCUUCAUGGGGAUUUCGGUCGAGGAGGUCUCGCCUUAUGGGAAAGUUGAAGCUGAAGCGAGUAGAGGGUCCUUUGUCCUCGACGGCGGUGGCUGCGACUUGUGGCCACCGGAGUCCGGACACGCCUCUCGACUUGGGAGCCGCUUCCGAUCCCUCUACCAGCGGAAGCGAUGGCUUCCCGUGUUCAUCCGAGAUCCGACCCUUCAAGCGCUUACGCACCGGCGAUGCCUCCGUUCCAGCAUGUGACGCACACAUAAAGGUGAGCGUGGCCGAGCGUUCGGCGUUGGUUGAGGCAGUCCGUCCUUUGCAGCCCAUCAAACGCCAGGGUAGGAAGAAGAAAAUGUCUGAGCUCCAGGCAGAGGAGAGAUUCUUGUUGGAGGACAAAGAAAAGCUCAUGAAGAUGCUGGAGUUCGAAAUUAUAGAAAGAGAGGCUUUACUCGCGGAGAACCAGAGGCUCUUGAGCGAGUUGGCAAGCUCGCAGCGACCACCGGCUGAAGCAGAACCUUCCAAGCUUAAAUAUUUUUUACCGGAUUUAAAUGCGCCAGUGCUGGAGCCGUUCUGCGAAGAAACUUAGCCUAACCCUCCUUACUGUUCAUACGAAAUAACUGGAUGAU